AUGGCGGCAAUCCCCAAACCCGGUUGGCACCCGGAUGUAAGAGAUGCCUUCAAGCUGAAGAAGGAGACCUACCUGGCCAUGAGUUCAGAGAAAGAAGACAUCCACUGUGGCCUCAACGGCCUCUACAGCACUGCAAGGCGGUCGGGGACAGUACCCCUGGAUUGGAAGACCGGGUCUAGUUGCCUACCUCAGGAGUUGUUUCAGGCACGUCCUAGGAAGUCUUGUGGAAAGCCCAGGACAUGCUGGGAGAACUAUGUCUCUGAGCUGGCCUGGGGUCACCUCGAGGUCCCCCCAGAGCAGCUGGAGGAGCAUAAAGAUGAAAAGGCGCUAAUCUCCCUCUGCUCCCGCAGGCGAGCCCACACCCUGAGCGUGCUCUUCAUCCUGACCUGCGCCCUGGUCUACGUCACGCUGCUGGAGGAGACGCCUCAGGACACCGCCUACAACACUAAGAGGGGCAUCGUGGCCAGCAUCCUGGUGUUCCUCUGUUUCGGAGUAACGCAGGCUAAAGAUGGACCCUUCACCAGACCCCAUCCAGCUUACUGGCGUUUCUGGCUGUGUGUUAGCGUCGCCUACGAACUCUUCCUCAUCUUCAUCCUGUUUCAGACGGUUCAUGAUGGACGACAGUUCAUGAAGUACAUUGACCCCAGAUUGGGGGUCCCUCUGCCUGAGCGGGAUUAUGGAGGGAACUGCCUCAUCUACGACCCGGGGAACACUACUGACCCCUUCCACAACCUCUGGGAUAAGAUGGAUGGCUUCGUUCCAGCUCACUUCCUGGGAUGGUACAUAAAGACUCUGGUGAUUCGGGAUUGGUGGAUGUGUAUGAUCAUCAGCGUCAUGUUCGAGUUCCUGGAGUACAGCCUGGAACACCAGCUGCCCAACUUCUCUGAGUGCUGGUGGGACCACUGGAUCAUGGACGUGUUGGUGUGCAACGGUUUGGGGAUCUACUGCGGCAUGAAGACGCUGGGCUGGUUGUCCAUGAAGCCGUAUCAGUGGCAGGGACUCUGGAACAUUCCCACCUAUAAGGGGAAGAUCAAGCGGAUAGCGUUCCAGUUCACCCCCUACAGCUGGGUGAAGUUCGAGUGGAAGCCCGCCUCCAACCUGCGGCGCUGGCUCGCCGUGCUGGGCAUCAUCUUCAUGUUCCUGCUGGCCGAGCUGAACACCUUCUACCUGAAGUUUGUGCUGUGGAUGCCGCCUGAACACUACCUGGUGCUGCUCCGCCUCGUCUUCUUUGUGAAUGUGGGGGGCGUGGCCAUGAGGGAGAUCUACGACUUCAUGGACGACCCGAAGUUCCACAAAAAGCUGGGUCAGCAGGCGUGGCUGGUGUCCACCAUAACGGUGACGGAGUUCCUCAUCGUGGUCAAGUACGACCCCCACACCCUCAUGCUGCCCAUCCCCUUCUCCGUCAUGCAGUGCUGGUUCCUGGGGAUCCUCCUCAUCCUCAUCUGGACCCUCUGGAGGUUUUUCAUCCGUGACAUCACGCUUCGCUACAAAGAGACCCGUCGGCGCCAACAGGAAGUGCCGGUGGACUGGGACCGGCAGCUGGGGAACGGCGGCCCGGCGGCGGCGGCGUCUGGCCGCAGCAAACUGAACGGCAGCUCCGAAACGCUGCGACAGAGGAAGUCCUGA